AUGGAGGAUGUUCUCAAGGCCGUCUCGGCCGAUGUUUCGUCGAUCAUGCCCCUGCUGGCGCCUCACCUCAGCCGUCACCUGCUGUUCCCGUUGAUCCAGUUCGAGGGCGACAAGGCGGAGGAGAAGGGCGAGGACGAGAAGGCAAAGAAGAUUGUGUCCGGCAAGAUUAAGCUGCUCGAGGACACCAACAUGACCGACUACGUCGCGACCCUGUACUGCGACCUGCACGGCGUUGCCGACCCCCCGGCCGAGUACACGAAGAAGCGACAAGAGGUUCUGGCGCAGCUGGAGAAGUACGAGCAGGCGACGGCCAAGAUUGCCGAUCUCCUGACGCAGGACGAGGUCGUCAACGGCCUCCGGAGUGACAAGGUCGCCAACUUGGAGUUCUUGAAGAACCAGCAUGGGGUCACGAUGGAAAUGGUCAACGCCCUGUACGACUUUGGGCAGUUCCAGUUCCGAUGCGGGCAGUACGGCCCGGCCGCCGACAUGCUCUACCAGUUCCGUGUCCUGUCCACCGACAACGACAAGGUCUCCGCCUCGACCUGGGGAAAGCUCGCGUCCGAGAUCCUGUCGACCAACUGGGAGUCCGCCGUGGACGAGCUGAAGAAUGUCAGGGAAGGUAUCGACACCAAGCUCUUCAACAACCCCCGCGCGCAGCUCGACCACCGGACCAUGCUCAUCCACUGGUCCCUCUUCCCCCUGUUCAACUGGGACGGCGCCCGCGAGCCCAUCCUGGACAUGUUCUUCUCCGCCGCCUACAUCAACACCAUCCAGACCUCGUGCCCCUGGGUCCUGCGGUACCUGAUCGCCGCCGUUAUCACCGGCCGCACGCGUGCCCGCAACAGCUCCAUCCAGCAGAAGCAGCUCAAGGACGUCGUCCGCUACGUCCGCCAGGAGGCGUACGAGUACGUCGACCCCAUCACGCAGUUCAUCCACGCGCUGUACAUCGCCCACGACUUCGACGCCGCCCGCGAUGCCCUCCGCGAGGCGGAGGAGGUCUGCCGCAGCGAUUUCUUCCUCGCCUCGUCGGCCGAUGCCUUUGUCUCCGCCGCCCGCCACCUCAUCUGUGAGAGCUACUGCAAGAUCUUUAGCCGCAUGAACAUCCGCGACCUGAGCGGCAAGCUCGGCCUGAACCCCGACGAGGGCGAGAAGUGGAUUGUCAACCUGAUCCGCGAGACGAGACUGGACGCCAAGAUCGACAGCAAGGACGGCACCGUCAUCAUGAACCACCCGCCCAACAACGUCUACCAGCAGGUCAUCGAGAAGACCAAGGGCGGCUUCUUCAGGACACAGGUCCUGAACGCCGCUGUGUCGAAGUAA